AUACCCAACCCAAAUCAGUUUGAAGGCCUAUUAACAGGUACCCAAACCAAAUUGAUGAAACCCUAACUAGCGUGAAACGACACUAUAUAUUUGUCGUCCUCCUUUGGAAAACCCUAGACGGGUAUCUCUUCUACGACGCAAGCAGCUUCUAGUUGUGUAAUUUCUGCGUGGGCUGCAAUGGAUUCCGGUGUCCAGGGUUGCAUCUUAGCCACUUUAAUUCUCCACGACGAGGAAAUUCCAGUCACCGCUGAGAAGAUCAACGCUCUGUUGAAGGCCUCUAAUGUCUCCGCCGAGUCAUACUGGCCCAGCCUCUUCGCCAAGCUCGCCCAGAAUAAGAACAUCGAAGACCUCAUUUUGAACGCCGGUGGUGGUGGUGGUGCCGCCGCUGCCGUUGCCGCUCCCGCCGCCGGUGGUGGUGCUGCCGCUGCAGCCGCACCCGCCGCCGAGGAAAAGAAGGAAGAAGUGAAGGAAGAAAGUGACGAUGACAUGGGUUUCGGCUUGUUUGAUUAGGUCUUUUUUAUAUAGUUGUAGCCAGAUUUUGAGUCUUUGAAUUGAAAACUUGUUUUGUUCUAUAAAAUUUUUAUUGAAGAGAUUCUUAGCCAAUCGACUAUCACAAUUGUUGAAUUUUGUUGGUUUUUUAAUAUAUUUGUGGUAACUAAAUUUCUUAUUA